AUGGAAGUUGGCGCAUGCAUUAAAGGGUUUCGUUCUUCCAUGCUCCUAGUGAUAGUCGUGGAUGCCACUCAUUUAAAAUCCAAGUACAAGGGUGUUAUGUUUGUAGCAAAUGCAUUCGAUGACAAUCGAAAUAUAUAUCCUCUUGCUUUUGGGAUCAGGGAUUUGGAGACGGAUGCAUCAUGGCAUUGGUUUUUCACUAAACUUCCUGAAGCCAUUGGUGAGUGUCCCAAUCUUGUUAUCAUAUCUGAUCGUAAUGUUAGCAUAGAGAAUGUGUGGAACAAAGUUUUUCCAACAACGCAACAUGGCAUAUGCUUUUAUCAUAUGAAAGGGAACAUGAAACGCACUUGCAAGUUGAAAAAGCAUGAUCAAAUACUUAUGCACUUUGAGCAGGCUAUGAAAUCUUAUUCCAUUCCUAAGUUUGAUUGUCAUUUUCGAAAGAUCAAGAGAAAGGAACAUGUUGCUCAAUAUCUUGAACAUGCAGGGUUACAUAAGUGGUCUAGAGCUCACAUGGAUGGACGCCGCUACAAUGUAAUGACAACAAAUAUUGCGGAGUCAAUAAACUCAGUCCUUGGGUUUGCAAGGAUGCUGCCAGUGGUUCAUUUGAUAGGAGAAAUUAUUAAUCUCCUUGUGAAAUGGUUCAUCGAACGUCGUCAGUUGGCUAUGAAUUGCACAACAACAUUGUGCCCCAAUUUGGGCGAGAAGUUGAGGAAUAGGUUGGAGGAUGCUACAAGGAUGAAUGUCGUUAAAAUAAAUGACGUACAGUUUAAUGCUUUGGAUGGUGAUAUGGACGGCCUCGUGGAUUUGACGAACAACAGUUGUAGUUGUAGAAAGUUUUAG